CACGACGUGCUGCUCGCGCCUCGGUAUCGCUGGAUUUACGCACGCACUCGCUUUUUUUUUUUUACUCUCGUUGUCGCACUGUCAACCUUGUUUGUUGCUGUCCAAGGAAAUGAUACGACAGUGAUCCGGCGUCAAUCCGAGAGAAAUCGUCUCGAUCUGCUCGAUUAAUUCUUUUUUUUUUUUUUUUCGGCGCUGAAUUCCACGAUACACCGAAAUCGCGAUUUUCGAAUUCAUCGAAUAGUGCGUGUAUUCGCGCGUAACAACAUGGAACGUAGUCGCGAUUCGAAAAUGCGGUAGUGUAUAGAAGAAAAACGCUCCGAUCGAUUCGUUAGAAUGUGGAUCACGCGAGACGAGAGACAACUGACAUGGUGAUUUAUUCGCCGGGACUUAUCCGGGACUAGUUCGGAGUUCAGCGAGUUCGGAGUUUAGCGAGUUCAGUUUGUCAAUCAUCAAUGGGACGGAUCGAAAUGAUAAAUCGCAAUGACGCAAAUGAAUGCGCACGUAGGAAUAUACGUUCGUUUUCGAAAUCAGUUCGUAUAUAAGCAGUGCUGCGUGUCGUCAAACGAGCUGUCGUGAGAUUUAUCGCAAAGUUGAUACGCGAUAUCUCGCGUACAGCCGCAACGGAAACGUAGACCGGAAGUGACUGCAUCGUGUCACUGCGGUGAACGGCGCGUAAAAGUGCGCGCAACUCUGAGCCACAAGUAACAGCUCUUUUUCUGGAUCUAUUGUGUCGCGAGGGAGACUUGCUGGGAAUCCCGCGGAGUUAGCAUAGGAUUGAGCUGCACUUGCGGCUAUACGGAUGCAUUUCCGGAGUAACGUGUUGCAAACGGAGAACGCCACCUCGUCCAGGAAGUUCGUACACCGUGUCCGAAAAGUGUAGUUCCGAGAUCCGUACUUCAAAAAGAGAAUGCAUGUUUGAAGAAAAGUACAUCGAUCAAUCAUGAGAACGCUUUGGAUUGUGGUGGGCAUUCUACUCGAAGUAAAUUUGUACUUCACAGUGAGCCAGGCCAAGCAUCAGCAGAACUCAAGUGCCAAUAAUGUAAUCGCCCCAUUGAAUGCCGUGGAGAGUAAAAAAGAAGAUGUUCCUGACGGACCUAUUGGAGAGGUACUUGCUCAAAGUGGCAGCAUGGCAGUUUUGCCCUGCAAAAUUACCGAUCCUGGUGCCGGAACCAUCACGUGGAUGAGACGGAGAGACAGACAAAUUCUAACAAUCGGCACCACAACACACUCUAUUGACAAGAGAUUUGCCGUCAGACACUCCAGCACCGAUUGGCAACUCACAAUACGCGCCGUAACAACGGACGACGCCGGUAUUUAUGAAUGUCAGGUGACGUCGCAUCCGGUGCAGCGAAACUUCGCUCGUCUCACAAUCACGGAGGCGUACUCAAUAAUACCAGGUGCGCCUGAUCUUCAUGUGAAACAGGGCUCGAGCCUUCGUUUGGACUGCCAGCUUAUGGCAGCCACGGAGAAGCCCCUUUACGUCUUCUGGUAUCGUCAAGGCCGUAUGAUAAACUAUGACGAGGAGCCUGGCGUCGACGUCAAGCUCACGCCAGGCGGCUCGAUUUUGACGGUGAACAAAACGAAGCUUACGCACGACGGGAACUACACGUGCGUACCUAGCAACGCCAAGCCGGCGUUCAUCAUGGUCCACGUUAUUGAAGAGGAGGAGAAGCCGGCAGCGAUGCACGGAGGCGACAGAAGGAACCUCAGUCCGGCAAUUUUGGCGAGCAACUUUCUAGUAUCCUUCCUGGCGGCCGUCAGCUGGAGGAUACCGAGUUUCACGAGUCUUUACCCGACGUGAAUUACCGCCGUUCCGACGGCAUCCCACGGCUCGUGCUCCUCCACGACGACGACAACGACGACGAUGACGCUGGACCUGCCGAAGAAAAACGAAUUUUUUCAGGUUGUCAUUCGGCCUAUUUGGCGCGACACGUCGAUUCAUCGUCGUUUGUUCCGCCCGAAAAAAAAAAAAAAAACACUCCACAGUGCCGGGAAUUGUGCGCGUUGUCGUGGUAUUGUGCGAACCGUCGCUGAUACCUCGGUUCAUCCCCUAGGUGUGUUUCUCUUGCAUAAUACUAAAUAAACACUGUUCACAGAUACCUCGUUACACGAUAAGCGUCGUGUUUCCGGUUUGACAGUGUCCUGUGGCCAGCGAGCUGGUCUGUUUCUCACGGCGUGCGCGUACACACCCCCAGUGUGUGUAUGUGUUGCGUGCGAGGUCGUUAUCUUCGAAAAAAAAAAAAAAACCUUCCUUCUCACGUCACUUCCUAACUUCCGUCUUGAUCCGUGCUCGCGCGAAGUGCCGCGUAAGUAUGUGUUUUUUCGCCGGACGAUACGUCGUAAUCUGUUUUUGGAAUUGAACUAGCGAUUUAUUGUAUAGAGGAUACGUUUUGUCUUAAAAAAAACUUAAAUCGCGACGUAAUCUUCUGGUUUCGCGACGCGUAAUAGUUUUGCAAAUACAAUUCAGAUACAAACGUUUCGCGCGCGAUUUAUUUCCGCCACAAUACGGAUUUUAAUAGUCGUGACCUCAAUUUUUCUAUCUCGGGUUAUUUGUGUAGAUUUUUUCUGCGAUAAGAAAGUCUCGUUGAAUCAACUCGAACGAUUUCAGUGGAUAAUUCAAACACGGCUGUAAAAAUAUAGAAAAACAGAAUUUUUAUCUCUAAACUGUAAAUUUAUCGCGUGUGCUACAUUUCUUUGAAAAAUAAACGAUAAUAUUCUAUUUUUUUGUUAUCUGCUCUGUUUAUUGUUAUUUAAAUUGGAACGUUAUGUUAUUGUCUCAACGAAAUUGCUAUUUGCCUCGGAUGGAACCACGUGAGUCGACGACGAAGCGAGAAGAAGAUUACAAAAAAAAAAAAAAAAAAAAAAAA